AAGCUGAGAAGUCAGCAGCAUUGGAUCGUCCUAUUGUAUUAAUAACCGGUCAAGAUGCUCAUAAAUUGAUGGAAAUAGUCAACAAAGUGGAGGAGGCUUGGGCUAGGAUACAACCACCUCCCCAAAUCACCCCAGACCCAAGUUCCAACGAGUUCUUUGACAUGGGUAUCUUUGUGGCAUUCUUCAUCCUCAUCUCCAUCAUAUGCCUGCUCCUUGUUCUCAAGUUAAGAUGGAGGCAGAAGAGAAAACAGUCCUCUCAGGCCAGACAAGCAUUGAAUGCACUAUCCAAAAUGGAGGUUAGAAAAUACUGUUCCAAUAAUGAGCAGCGUUAUUCACAGAAGAUCCUUCCAGAUGACAGAUGGGCUACCACACUCAGUAUAGCGUCGGAUGGUUCUAUCUGUGCCAUAUGUUUAGAAGAGUUCCGGGAAGGAGAGGAGCUAAGGAUAGUACCAUGUGCGCAUGAGUUCCACAAGCAUUGUGUUGAUCCAUGGCUACUCUCAAACCGAACUUGUCCGUUGUGUAUGUUUAAUAUAUUAGAUUGUGGACUAGAUGGAAAAAGUUCUGAGGCUUCCCCAUCAGGUCAUGUCAGUCCUGUUGAUCCACAACUUCGAGUCAGCUUGCCAAAUUCACCAACAAGAGACGCAUCAUGGGAAGGGGUUUAUGCCGCAGCCCCAAGCCAUCAUCACCAUCGAACAUCAUCAUCACACCAUCACCACCAUCACCAUCAUAAACAUUCCAGAAGCAAAUGUCCGCAGUCAUCGUCCAAGCGAGAGCAUCGGUCAACGGCAGUGAGUGGUUCAAAUGUAAGGGAGGGUGUGCCGCGCCUCCCAUCCACCUCUCAGAGCCAGCUUGAGAGAUGGUUCGGGAGGGGCCCGUUAACUUGGCAGUCAAACUGUGAAUACGUGUGCUCACAUUGUCAUAGACAUAUCAAUUGCAACGGUCAGUACAAUUCCCAGUGCGUCACCCCACGCCAGCUGGGAUUAGCUUCGUUUGAAAGCCACUAUGUGGUAAAUUCAUCAUACGUCCCUUGGAAUAAUAGCGUCAGUGGUGGUGGGGUGAAUUGCUCACGUGGUGCUAGUGGUAGAAAGGGUGUGUCUCAGGGAUCCAGACAUUACCGGGAUCAGUGCCAUGUACCCGUCCAGGUCCACCUAGAGACUGUCACCUCAACGGCUUGCCAGCAGGGUGCCAUCAACCAGCGCAGGGCUUCCGAAUCGGAAAGCAGCCUCAGCCUUUCGGCGUUCAAUGCAGACUUUGAGUGCAGCGAUUCCACAAGCAGUCCUGAAAACUUUGACAGCACGCAGAGUGUUUAUGGUAGCUCUACGACCUGCCACAGUGAGGUAACGGGAUGCGACCCGUGUGUGUAUUCAAAACCAGGUGUCGUUCAACAGUAUUGGAAUUUAGGCCCACCAGCACAGCUUACACCUUCAUGUGUACAUAAAACAAAGUCGCAAUCAUCAAAUCGUAAUCAGAAUAACACUUCAGACAGUGAUGACCCAAAGCGGUCGGGGAGCGACGCCAAUGCUAGUGCCAGCAGCGGCAGUAAUUUCUCAACGCGAGUCAAUACAUCCAGGAGAGACGGCAUCCAGCCAUACAAACCUCAGAGCAGUAUAUCAACCGUUACAACACCAGACUCUGUGUCAUCCCAAGUUAGAACUAAUCAUGUGUGCUCUCCAUCCUCUAAAACCCCCACCCCCUCAGAAUCCAAAACAGACACGCCCAACACCAUCACCCCUCAGACGCAUUAUCCACAACCCUUGCCUAAAUCAACAGACUCGAGUCGGCAGCAGACUCCUUGUGCAUGCUGCGGAGAUAACGAGGUAUGGGACCAGCGGAGCCCUGCAUCACCAGAAGAUAAGGCUCCCUCUGGUGACAAACCUGAGAGAGGGGUCAAGGGCCAUCGGAGGUCAAGUAGAGGGACACCUACCAGAAAACCAAGAGGUCAUUUGACUCUUCCAGUGCAAUCUGUAGCUACUCUCAAGAAUACCCAGGGAACAGUCAUUACCAUGCCUGUACAAGGGACGUCACCUCCUCCUACUGGUGCUGCAAACACCUCACGCAAGAUCAUGGAAGAAAUAGUAUGACCUUUUGACCUAGUACUUAUUUGCCAUUCUUCAACUUCAUCCGCAAGCCAGCAUCUGUGGGCCAUGUUAUGAAAGUUAUCAGCACCAAACAGGAAUCUUCAUUCUCUGACAGCUACUAUGGUAACAGCCAGACACCUUUGCUUGUAUACCAAUCAAAAACAAGGAAAGUUGUCAGAUAUGACACCUUGCCAGACAGCAAAUAAUGAUGAAACACCUCAUUCACCGAUAAUUGAUGUUAACAAUUUUCACUUGAAUUAACGGCAUUCAACGACAGGGUAAAUCCACUCAGUACUUUCAUCAUUCCAUACGGCUUGGAGUAUGGUCUGCGAACCAAUGGGAUCCAGUGCAGGGCUUCGUUUAGUCAACUUGUUACAGAUAAGGUAUAAGCUGCUGUUAAAACCUACUGAAAUGAUGGACAGCGAUCAUUCAAGAGAAAAUUUGCUGUGGCUUUCCAGCAUUUAUUUAUCUUGUGCAUGAGGGCAUCAUAAUGUACUCUUAAAAUUUCAGUCAAUAUUAUCACUUAACAACUGUAGAUAUACUGCCCUACUUUUACUAAAGGAAGCAACUGACAUAAUAAAUCAAAUUGAGUUUUUAAUCUGCUUAAAUGUUACAGGUAGAUCUCUUCUUUCAGGUAAAUGUUUAUAGAAAAAAAGUGAUUCUACCUACAGAUAUAACAGGUUAAAGCUUUAGUAAAGGGUCAGUAAUGUGAACUAUGCUCUGGUAUCAGCAAACAUUACAAUAUUACAAAAUGAUGUACAAAUUGAAUGCUUUUUUCCCCCACUAGAAGUUGAAUAAGGCAUUUUUCCCACCAAUAGGAUUUAAAUUUAAUUCUAAUACCCUCUAUCAGUAAUGUUUUUAUUUUUAUUGACCCUGAAAUUUUCAGCUCAUUUCAUGCUCGAGAAGGUAUUUGAUAUAAACAAUAAAAAAGCAAUGCAUAUAUGUUAUUUUGAUCGGGCACCCAUCAGAUUCAAUAUUGAUGUACAAUCUGUACAUUUUCUAAUUAAACAGAUAUUUAGUUUAUAUCCUUCACACUGCAACAAUUUUUUGGCCACAUUUUUAACUAUCAAGUUAAUGCAAAUUAGAGACAUAUUUUACUUUUUUAUAAGAAAUAGUAUACAAAUAUACCAGGCUUUGAGUAAGUAUAGCGGGAAUUAUUUUCAGAGGUUGGACUGGCAUUACUAUUUAGUAAUUUGGCCAGUUCAACCGAGGAUAAAUAAUUCCCUCUAUACUUUCGAAAUAAAGGCCUGGUAUAUUUGUUUUAUAUCCUACAUUUAAUAAGAAAGAACAAUAGUCUAUCUACUCUUGUACACGUAGUUCAUCUUUUCUUAACCUGAACUUAAAUAUAGAUAACGUUCUGCGCAGACUGAUCUACUUUUCCCGAAGCCACGCGCUCAGCGGAACGCUGAUUUGUGCCUGCGCCGUCCCUUCACGGGACUUGCCCGGUAGAGUCAACUCGCUGACCGGUGCGCCCGAGAGAUUGCAUAGCUGUGUCAAUGAUCUGUGACAUCAAUGAUGGAAUAGUCAACUAUUCCAUCAUUGACGUCACGGAAUAGCACUUUUUCUUCGGUGGGCGUUUCAUUUUCGACAUCAUCGCAAAAUAGUGAGAAUAUGUUUGGUCACAUGAUGCUAUUUAAACCAAUCAGCAUACAGGAUUUAAUUUAUGUAGGAUAUAAUACUUGCUAUUUGCUUCCUUUAAUCAAACACUAACAACACAUUUUGAAGGGGGCAUAUGGUAUAAUCUUUCCCCAUAUUUUUUUCAAGAUUUUAUUACUUUAUCGGUCAUGGUUAGUGGUAUUGUGCAUGGAGUAGACUAUAAAUGUUAAAAAAUUAAUAUUAGAUAGGAAUAUCAAACGGGGAAUAACAUGUAUCAUUUUAAGUAUGAAUGUAUGAAAAUUGUAUUAUCCAGAAUUGAUUGUAUUUCAGAAUAUCAGUAUUUAUUGAAUUGACCAUUUCAGAAGCACAUUGAAUCUUUAGUGAAUAAUGCAGAUGAAGUGUAUACGUAAAAUAUUACAAUAAAAAGUGUUAAUUAGUCCCAGUGAUUUAAAACAUUUUCAAAUCAUAUGAGCUAUUUAUUUUUACUUACUGCUUAUUUUUUCUCUUCUAGAGAUUGUAACACUACAAUGCAGUAUUGCAAACAAACAAAAGGGUUUACCUUAUUUUCAUUGUCAUAUUGAUAAGGAAAAAAGUAUUAAAAGUUCUAAAAGUAAAGUAAUGAUUGCAGAUGGUGCCAAUUUUCAAGUUGUAUAAAAAAAAAAAGUUUAUGAAAUAUACCUCUCCCAUUGCCAUUUACGCAUAUUACCAAAUCAUUGAUAAUUUGCAUAUUUUGUCUUUGUUACUACAGGGUAACCACAAUUCCGCUGCAUACAUAUUGUCCAUUUUGUAAUUCCUGACUGACACACAAAAAAUAAGAAGGGAUCACUCAUUUUUUACAUAAUUUAGGUCCAAAUACAGGAAAUUAUAUACAGUGCAUUUCAAAGAAUAUGUAAUGAAGCCAGAUAAAAUUGAAUAAAUAACGGAAAGAAUGUGAUCCCGUUUACGCUUUGAUGGUAUUGGCAUGGAAGUCAUGCAUCUUUUGUAAGAUCAGUAUUACUUGUAUAAGCAUUAUUUUGUUAGAUAUAUGUUUGCAAAGUAUUCUUCAACUUAAGUCUGUCUUUUUUUUUAAACUUCUUGUUUUGUAUAAAGAAAUUGUUUUAUUUAUUUCACUCAGGGUACGUGUAUGUAUUACAUAGAGGCUUGUUCAUGUUAUCCUUGCAGCUCGGAACUUCAUGAAAAACCUGUAUUAUAUGGUUAAUUGCACACUCCAUAACUAAUAUGCUACAAAGAGAUUGUAUAUUGAUGAUAGAUAAAGAGUAUGAUACAGAUUAGAAUUUGGAGUUGGGAUAAAAUCCAAGCUAGAUCGUGACUUAAUUUGUCAAGCCAUGUUUUAUAUUAUAUUAUUAUAGUCAUCAUUUUAAUAGUGACUUAGAAGAAGUAGUGAGAAGAAAGACAACGUACAACAUUUGAAAAACAAUUAAGUAGCACUGGAAUAUAUUAUUCAUUUUGAUGUACUGGAAUUAAUGAAACUUAAUAUUUAUCACAUGAAUUUGUAUGAAUUUUUGCAGAUAAUAUGAAAAGGAAGAUUUGAAGGGGUGGGGGGGGGGGGGGUGAUGAAAUGAUGGUCAUGCAAUGUUGUAAAAUAUCCGACAAUCAAAAGGGUUUAUUGUUCCCUAUGUGUACCAUUCAUUCUACCAAAGUUAAUUACACAAGUUAAUUAGAUUUCAUGAUUUUUUAUUUGUACAUAGGAUUUUCUUUUUCAUAAAAUGAAGGUUAAUAAUGAAUGAAUCAGUAUUGUCUUAUGACUCUGAGUGAAAUUGUGUUUCUAAUGCAUGUUUGUUGGUAUGGUACAGAGAUUUUACCUCUGUCACUUUCAAUAAGUCAUCUCAAAAGUUAGUACCAACAUUUAAAUUGACUCAACACUAACACUAGCUAUUGAUACCAAACUUACACACCCUGUUACUCCAGACAACAUUGGUGCUUAACACACCAGAUUAUUUAUAAAUUAGUCUAAUUUUCUCAACCUUUUAAGGGCUAAUAGAUCUUUUAUUGUAAUACAAGCUUAAUUUCUUUAUAUCAAGCCAUUUGAUACAGUAUUUGUAGAAAAAAUAUGGUACAGUGAUAGAUGAGGGAUAACAAUAAUUUUCUUGUGCUAACAUGCUCCCUAUCUAUUAUGCUGUAUUUCAUCUUGUGCUUUUCUUGUGUAUUCACUGUGCUUUAGGUGAGUUUUUUAUGCAAAUGUUACUAUACAUUUUAUUUCACAUACUAUAUCAGGUAUUCUAGACGCUAAGUUAUAGUAUUUAUACAUGUACAGAUUUAUCUGAAAUCAAAAACACUCGUAAAGUUGUUGAAUAGUUAUUUUUUGCAAUUUUGAAUUGAUUUUAUCAUUGUGAUUUUACUAUUAUAAAUAAUAUAGAUAUGUUGCCAAAUUACGUUGUACUGUACAUAGAUACAUUUAAACAAUUUCUUUCAAUAGAUCAUGAAUUCUUAUAUUAUGAAUUAAUGUGAAUAAAAAUGUAAGAUUUUUAUGAAUUUACAUAUAUUGUGUAUUAUAAAUGUUCUGUGUGCUUUGAAAUGUACCUAUCAUGUAUACAUUGAUGUUUUAACUUAUUUUCCCUCUUCAAUUACUCUAGAAAAAAUAUUUUAAUUAGAAAUUGCUGAAUUAUUUUAUGAAUAAGAAGAACCCUUAAUAGUAAUUUCUGAUUGGUUAGAGUAGGUAUUUCAAAUCAUGUAAACAAACGGCAAAUCUAUGAUUGCUCAGACAGUUUGGAAUUGUAUUAUCAUACUGUUGUGGUAAGUUUGUAUUGCAAUGUUUAAUGAAACAACAAAACCACUUUGCAGGGGUUAUUUUCUCCUUUACAAAAAAAUAAUGUCAUUUUGAUAUGAGAUCACCCUUUAUUUCAUUUGUACAACUGUUGCAUUUCAUUUGUGUAUCUGCAAGACAUCCUUAUAUGUUCUCUCUUUAUGUUUUUAGUUGUUACAUGUAAGAGUUCUAUGCUUUUCCAUUUUUAUUAUGUUUUGUUAUAGGCCUUUCUUACCAAUAUAUCAGUAGCUAACUUUGUCUUAUCUUCAUUAUCUUGCCUAUUUCCUUUUCAAUUCUUUUUAUUUUUAUCACUUUUUUGCCUUGUGUUACUUCUUCCUCAUUUUAUCUCUUUUUUUUUGCUUGUUCAUCUUUCUUGUUUUAUCUUUCUUUUUUCCCCUCCUUUUCAUCCUCCCUUUCUUUCUUUACCUUCUAAUUUUUCUUUCUUCCUCAUAAUCAAUUCUGCUUUUCCUCCAUCUUUCUUUUUCUGUGUUGUCUUCUUCUUUUUCAUUAUCUUCCUUUUCUCACCUUCUUCCACUGCUUCUUUUCUUCUUUCUUCACCUUCUCUUUCUCCACCUUAUCUUUUAUUUUGUCAUUACUUCCUCUACCCCUUGUCUCUAUCAUUCAGCUACAGUGCUUCCAUAUUCCUUCAUGAUCAUAAUCCAAAAAUCAAAAUUUAUUUUCUAUGAAUUUUGUUUGAUUUCAUCAUAAUUUCUAACAUUGAGAGUUAUCUGAAAAUAUAUGGUUAUGAUUUCAAUGAUUUUCUUGAUACUACAUGUGAAUUUCUAUGUUAUUGUGGAAUUAUAAUAUUGUGUAUAAAACGAAAGACCCCUGUAUCAGAUUGAAUUGCCGAUGUAAUAUUUGACUAGGUUUUUGACCUAGAGAUAUUAAAUGAUGUUUAAAAAAUCAA